GUCUUCCUCUGCACCUCCCUCUUCGUGUUCACUUCUCUGCUUUCUGGUCAACGACAUUUUUUCAAAAAUUGGUUGAAACAUCAUGAAAACCCUCCGCCUUGAUCAUUAGAUAUAGUGGCCAUUAGUAAUUAACGUCAGUCUGAAACCUAUCUGAAUACAGCAUAAACCAAUCUGGGCUUGAAUAUACUAUUAAGAAGUUCUCCACAAUAUAAAAAAAGUUCUCCAUAAUAAAAGAUUUACCCAGAUUCAGCUAGACAGUUACACUUACAUUAAAAUCACUUGAUUAACACCACAGAUUUCAAGAAUAAUACAUCAGAACAUUUAUUAAAUACUCCCAAUUAUUCCGAUUAGUUAAUUUUUUAUAUUCGCAAGAAAGUAUGUUGAUUAGGUCUAAAAUAGAAAAACAUCCUAUUUAACCUAGCUUUUUAGUUAGAAAAAUUGAUAACAAAGUUUUAACGACCAAUUAUUAGCUUCUAAAGUACGUGUAUAACAUUUCGACUACGUUCUCGCGAAACUAGUAACUCAUUUUCAUUCUUAACCAUAAACAUGUCCAAAAGCUACUCUGUAGUGUCUUUGACAAUACUUGUAAUUGUCACUCUAGCUUAUAAUCACAUUGAAGCAGCAGAUAAAAGAUGCCAUAAAGUACCUUUACUUAAAAAUUUUGAUGUUGACAAAGUAACGGGUAAUUGGUAUGGUCAGGAAAUUGGAGACAUGGACGGUGAUGAAAGCUCAAGAAGAUGUUUAGCUUAUAGUGCAUUUACUGAUAAAAAGAAAUCAAAUGCAACUUUUACCGUGAUAAGACUUUUCAAUGGGACAACUACCGUUGGAAAAGCGGAAAUGUAUCAAGUACACCAAAUAAAUGAUACUUCUGAAUUUGAAGGCAAAUGGAAAAAUGAUGUCGGAAAGCGAAGUUCUUGGGCGAUUGGAACUGACUAUGAUACAUGGUCGACAUGGUAUCUUUGUCAACCGGAGCAAGAGGAUAGAGGGGUCUUGUUUAUCUUAACGAGAGAAAAGUAUCCAAAUGCUGCAACACUCGAGGCAGCACGUAACUCGGCUAGAAAUGCGGGAUUUAAAAUGACUAAACCCUAUUUGAAACGAGUCGAUCAUUCUCAUUGUUUUAUUGAAUUUUCGAUUGUUUUUGUUACAAUUUAAUCAUCGUUUUAUUAAAAAUUUGGGAUCAAUAAAUGUGUUUCGAUUGA